GGAAGGGGACCGGUCAGCACAAAAUAAGCGGAGAAAAUCGCUUAACUGGUACCAGCAGUGAGAAGCUGUGAUAAGGAUUUCUAAGCAAUACGGACACAUAGACUUUUUAUAGAGAUGUCCUAAUUUGGACACCGUAGUGCACGAGCAAUCACGUGGACUGUGUUCCAUCAUGGAGCAGAGAUGUUUUCAAAACCCCUAUCCCGAUUACAACCACCAGGCCUCGACAGCCUUUAACUCCACAGGUCAACUGACAUUUGAAUUUGUCCAUUGUCUAAACAAUAAGAUCAAGGAGCUGCUACAGGCUAUGGAAAAGGGACUCAAAUCAGCAGACCCCGGAGACUGCACCGUGUACACAGGCUGGGCAGGCAUUGCUCUUUUGUAUUUGCAUUUGUCUGAUGUGUAUGGGGAUUCAUCCCUUCUGCAAAAGGCCCAUGAGUACAUCUGCAAGAGUCUGCGCUGCCUGACAAGACGUGAUGUCACUUUUCUGUGUGGAGAUGCUGGGCCUUAUGCGGUGGGAGCAGUUGUGUUUCAGAAGCUUGGGCAUACAAAGGAAGCAGAAGAUUGUGUCAAAAGCCUCCUUCAGCUACAUCCUUCUGUGGUAAGGCCAGACUCUGGACUUCCAGAUGAGCUUCUCUAUGGGCGUAUGGGAUACUUGUACUCCCUGCUUUUUGUCAACAAACAGUUUGGAGAGGAGAAGAUCCCCUCUAGCUACAUCCAACAGGUGUGUAGCACUGUGCUGGAGUCUGGGGAGAGACUGGCAGGCAGAAGGAAUCUACAGUCCCAGAGCCCUUUGAUGCAUGAAUGGUACCGAGAGUACUAUGUGGGACCUGCCCAUGGUUUAGCAGGAAUAUACUACUUCUUAAUGCAGCCGGAGUGUAAUGUCAGUUGUGAGAAACUACAGAACCUUGUUCGGCCCAGCAUGGAAUAUGUCCGUUGUCUCAAGUUCCCGACUGGCAACUUCCCUCCUUGCAUUGGUGACCGUCGGGACCUGCUCGUACACUGGUGUCAUGGGGCUCCUGGUGUCAUUUACAUGCUUAUUCAGGCCUACAAGGUUUUUGGUGAACCGCAGUAUCUGGUAGAUGCUCUUCAAUGUGCUGAGGUCGCUUGGCAUUAUGGUUUGCUGAAGAAAGGAUAUGGAUUGUGCCACGGAGCAGCAGGGAAUGCAUACAGUUUCCUGGCACUAUAUAACCAGACCCAGGAUGUCAAGUUCCUCUAUAGAGCCUGCAAGUUUGCAGAGUGGUGCAUGGAUUAUGGGACACAUGGUUGCAGAACUGCAGACACCCCUUACUCACUUUUUGAAGGAAUGGCUGGAACUAUAUAUUUCCUCUCUGAUUUACUGGAGCCAACAAAAGCGAAAUUCCCGUCCUUUGAAAUGUAAAAAUGUUAUUCCGUUGUAUUUCCUUGACUCGGCGCAGUGUCCCCAAACGUUGCCUGGGGUGAGAGGUGCAGGCAGCUGAGUGUGUUACUGAUGAAUGUAUUUAGUGACAGCAUCCAGCUUUGUACAUAGCUAUAUAACAAUGCCAUGUGCAUGUACCUACUGGCAAGGGAUGUCCCCUCGCUUUUUAUGUUUUAUUCCAUUAUCCUGACACCUAAAAAAUACUGCAGGGAGCUGUAGCUCCAAAAUAAGACAUGCCUGUGGUAGGAAUGCGGUUUUAUAUACAGACGGAGACAUUUUUGUUUGCUUUAUAAAAAACAAAUUACAGAUCAAGCGUCUAAGCAAAUUGCAGGCAAAGGGUGUGGUCCUUAAGCUAAUAACUUGACAUGCUCCUGUCAUAACUAGACUGACUGCAAAGCAUAUACAUCAAUUUUUAGGUUUAGCGUUUAUGGCUUCAUUAAGUAGCUUUUAAUAAGCUAUGUUGCAGUAUUCCGCCUUUGCUAAAAGAAUGUUGGUAGGUUUGAAUGCACUACUUUUAUUCUUUUGUAACAAAAUGUUUGCUGUUUAGAUGUCAUUUCUCAGUCUCAGAAAGGAAAAUUGAACAACCGCAUUCCUGAGGCCACACACCCCGACUUGGGUGGUUGUAUUUGAAAUCAAGGCAUUGGCUUAUUACCCAAAAGGGGUAAAGGCUGUGGUUUAGCACACCACAAUGCAUCCCUAAUACUUAAGGGACUAUGUACAUAUUGAAUAAAAGUUCAAAAUUUAGUUCAGUAUUCUAGUAACUGAUUUCCUAUGUACGGUACUAUUUUUUUUUUUUUAAAUGUUUUAAUGAUUUGAAUAUACAGAAUGGGGUUCCUUAUAAAAUUAUAAUCUAAUAUUGUGUGUGUAUGUGUGUGUAUAUAUAUAUAUAUAUAUAUAUAUAUAUAUAUAUAUAUAUAUAUAUAUAUAUAUAUAUAUAUAUAUAUAUAUAUAUAUACACACACACAACAAUGUCCUAUAGUGUAUAGGAUGGAAAUAUCCUUGCCAUGAUAAAUAGCCAAGCCUUUAUCCACCUUCCAGCUCCAGGCUAUGGGCAGGUAUAUGUCAGAAAUGACUGGAUUGCUGCAAGUCCUAUAUGCAAUCUCAACAAUCUGCAUUCCCAUGAUCUCUGCACUGCACCGUCUGAUUUUUCAGGUUCAGGGCACCCUGAACACUUGAUGAUGGGACACUUGGUGCACCAGCAGAAUUCAACAAGCUGUCCCUUGGGUGAAAUGUCUGCACAACUGGUUUUAGAAUUACAUUUUAAAGUUGGUUGUAGAUAUAAAUAUCUACUCAUCGACUAGAAGAUCCCUGUUUUAUUUGACUACCCAAAUUAGGCUGACUGGUCAGCCUCCAGACCAAUGGUAGGAUCACAUGAGGGGGACCUGGUAGCUGGUGGUUGCAAUAAUCCAUGCAAUGCUGAGUGGAAUGGUUACCAGUAGGACAUGCAAAAACAAACAUAUAAAUGCAUAUAUACAAGAUGGAUUGCACCUCAGAGCAUGAGCUAAUUGAUUCCAUUCUGCUUAUUAAGUAUGCUUUAAAUGCAGCUGCAUUUUAUGCUUUUUAUUUUCAAAAUAAACAUGCUGAAUUAU